AUGGACGUUGACCUAAUAAGGUCGUCGUCAUCAGCAGAUCAAAUGGAGAUGAUGACGAUGAUGAUGCAACUUGACAAGCUUCCUGAACUCUGUGGGGCUUAUGUCAACACCACCCAGUUGCCUGACAUCCAACUCUCCGGCGGAAGCGCCGCCACCACCAUCCAACCCUCACCGCCGCCUAUCUUCCACAGCCCACAUUUAACCAGCUCGCACGCAUCCAUGCCCUUCAUGGUUGACAUUUCAGUUCAUGAACCAAUGACACCACCUCUAGUCACAUCAUCACAGAUGAGUAGUCCAAACUCCAUGGAAGCAAUGAGAGAGAUGAUAUUCGGUAUAGCGGCCAUGCAGCCGAUUCAGAUAGACCCGGAAGCGGUGAAGCCGCCGAAGCGGAGGAACGUGAAGAUAUCCAAGGAUCCGCAGAGCGUGGCGGCGAGGCACCGGAGGGAAAGGAUUAGCGAGAGAAUUAGGAUUUUGCAGAGACUUGUUCCUGGUGGUACCAAAAUGGACACAGCUUCUAUGUUGGAUGAGGCUAUUCAUUACGUCAAGUUCUUGAAGAAGCAAGUCCAGUCCUUGGAACGAGUGGGGGCUAAUAGGCCCAUGGGUUUCGGGUUCCCGACCGGCUCUGCCAUGGCCAUGGCCAAUAUGAAUUAUUCAUCCUUGGUGAAGCCUUGUCAGCCGUCCAACAGCAACUUGAUCUCAGGCUUACAA